CUUCUGGGAGUGCUCGCUCACUCCCUGAGUGCGCAGACGCAGGGGCAGCGAGUGGACAUUUUGGUCUUUGUCCGCGGGUCAGCACGGCCGUCGGGUCCACGUGGCGCCAAAGUAGGAGAAGCAGCCGAGGAAUGACAAGCACGUAGAGCAACCACGUCAUCUGGGAGGUCAGCUGACUCACCGAGGAGAGUGGCGAAUCAAGAGCUAGACUACUCUUCUGUGUGCACAGACUUCAUUUCUUUUCUUUCUUUUUGCAGAACAGACUUCGAUUUUUAAAAGGCAGAGCAUUUUUCAAAGCUUAGAGUUUUGAGCUUCAAACAUAAUUUAUAUUUAAACAGAAAGUGCAUGGGAAAGAGUCCUCUGCUUUUUACAGUUUUGAAGUCCUCUACCAUAGUCUCCUCUUGGUAAGAAUGUUUUAUAAAUAGAGCGUCGUGUGGAAAUGCCUGCAGUUUGUUAGUGGAGAGCACAAACCAGAGGAAAAGCCUCUGAGUUUCCAGAUGGUGGGAGGCAUUUACUUAAGUGUCCUGUCUCCCUGAACAGAGAAGUCAUGCUGAGAGGAAGCCCCGUGUCUCUCAGCAAUAUUGAAAAGCCUUUAGCCAGAUGACAGCUGUCAGCAUUGCUGGAGGAAAACAACAUUGACUAUCUGUAAAACUUACCCUAGGAAGAAAGGUUUGUUCUGAUAAAGCUCUUAAACUUUCUCCCUUGCUCUGCAUUUGAAUGAGCAGGCAGACACAGAGAGAAGCCUGAGAACUGUAAGAAAUGUGGAGACAUCCUCAGUCAAGAGCAAACCCUCAUUCGUCCAAACUUUCCUACUGGAGAUAAACACUGUGAAUGUGAUAAAGCUUCUAUUCAGAUGUCACACCUCAGUCAACAGAAAAUCUUAAGUGGGGGAAGCCCCUUUGCCUGUAAGGUAUGUGGAAAACUCUUCAGCCACAAAUCAAAUCUUACAGAGCACGAGCAUUUUCAUAAUAGAGAGAAACCUUUUGAAUGUAAUGAGUGUGGGAAAGCCUUUAGCCAGAAACAGUAUGUCAUUAAGCAUCAGAACACUCACACCGGAGAGAAGCUAUUCGAGUGUAAUGAUUGUGGAAAAUCCUUUAGCCAGAAGGAAAACUUGCUUACCCAUCAGAAAAUUCACACUGGAGAGAAACCUUUUGAGUGCAAAGAUUGUGGGAAAGCUUUCAUUCAGAAGUCAAACCUCAUCAGACAUCAGAGAACUCACACAGGAGAAAAGCCCUUCAUAUGUAAGGAGUGUGGGAAAACCUUUAGCGGCAAAUCAAAUCUUACUGAACAUGAGAAAAUUCAUAUUGGUGAGAAACCCUUUAAGUGUAACGAAUGUGGAACAGCUUUUGGCCAGAAAAAGUACCUGAUAAAACAUCAAAACAUUCAUACUGGAGAGAAGCCGUAUGAAUGCAAUGAAUGUGGGAAAGCCUUCUCUCAGCGAACAUCACUUAUUGUGCAUGUGAGAAUUCAUUCAGGCGAUAAGCCUUAUGAGUGCAAUGUAUGUGGGAAAGCCUUCUCUCAGAGUUCAUCUCUAACCGUGCAUGUGAGGAGCCAUACGGGUGAGAAACCGUAUGGGUGCAAUGAAUGUGGGAAGGCCUUUUCUCAGUUCUCAACCCUUGCCCUGCAUCUGAGAAUACACACAGGUAAAAAGCCUUAUCAGUGUAGUGAGUGUGGGAAGGCUUUCAGCCAGAAGUCCCAUCACAUCAGACACCAGAAAAUCCAUACUCAUUAAAUGCUCUGAAUAUCUUCAAUAUGGGGAAGUCUUCAUUAGGAACUUAUACCUCAAAGUGCAUCAUUUGGUCAUUCUGAGGCUAAGCACCAUAAAUCAGCCAAACAUUUAACAUAAGAUGUCCUGAACACCAGAGAAUUCAUACUGAGAGAAAGAAGUGUGGAUGAUUAAAAGGCUGCACUCAACGAAAAAGCAGUGCUGAACUGUGAACACAGUUGUCCACGUUUGAGAAUGGCAAACAGCCUGUUACUGACGGCCGUCAGCGAAGAUCUGCAGAUCUUCACUAGUCUAGUUAGUGAGGACAGAAGUUAUAGACUGAUAACUGUCCAUUUAGCAGGAUUUAGAAUAUGAAAAUAAUUGCUUCAACUGAACACCUAGACUACAUUGGAGGUAAAUUGUCCUCUGAGGAGGAAACCUGCAUACUAUAGACUAUAAACGAUAGUAAAAGUAAAAUAUAUGGACAUUGAAAGCAGAAAUAUAGAAAUGCUAUACAUUAGACAGGGUUGACUUUGGGUGUGGAAAAACAUUCCUUGUAACAUUUGGAAAUGAGUAUUUAUGCUCAGGAGGUGAGGCACCAGGAAAUUUACCAUGACUUAAUUUAGAGUAGCCAAAUAGUAGAACUGAACUGCUUGUUGGGAAUGGAGUGAGAAAAUUCUCAGUGGAUUAUUAUGCAGACAUCGGGCAGAUGCAGCAGAUGAGGUGUGUGUGUAACUGGAAGGACUCUGGAAGUGAUGUGGGGGAACUCAAUUUACAGGAUGUGUACAGUACAGUGACUUUCAAGUUAAAAUUUCCUUCUUGAAACUCAUUAUGGUAAAAAACACAUGUAUGUAAAUGUUCGAGAUGCAUCAGAAGGAUGCAGACCAACUCCUGAGAGUGAGGACGGGAGGGGGGCUUCAGCUUUGAUAUAAGUAUUCAGUCUCUUAAAGACUGCAAGCAAAUAUAUGAAGAUACUGGCUAAUUUUCAGUUGUGUUAUAUGGAUAUCAUGUCUUAUUUUUUGUACUUUUCUGUAUUUUUCAAAAUAAGAAUGGAAGUAAUGGUGGGCACUCUGCACCUGUAGAGAUGUUAAAGUUGAUUAAUAAUACCCAAUCAAAUACUGAGCUUUUAUAGAGAUAUUUCUAAAACUUUAACAUAACAACGAGUAGAUGGACUUGGCACUCUAUGUAAUGAAAUUAUCUAUUUUAUUAAAAUUUAAAAUGAUAGCAUAUUCUUAAAUCCUUUAACUUUAUUUUACUAUGUUGCAUAUGCUCUUACAUUUCUAAUAUUUUGCAAGAUUGUUUAAGCGUAGGAGCUUUUAAGAACUUAAAUAUAAUUGCAUGGGGAUCAGUUGAUGUGCAGUGUUUCAUUCUUCCCCUUGUUUAUACAGACCCUGUUUCUUUGCCCAAGGUGGACCCUUCCUGAAGAUUUUUAAAUUAAUACUUCAUUACAAUGUAAUUUGGUAUAUUGUAUGUGAGGGUGAGUACAUGCAGAUAUGUGUGUUAUGGAAGCCAGAACACAACCUUAUGUGGUGUUGCUUGGGCUUUGUCCACAUUUCACUGGCCUGGAACUAAGCUUGACUGACAGCAAGCCCCAGGGAUCUGCCUAUUGCUGCUUCCUCAGCUAGGCUGGGAGAUGAUGCAUAGCAACAGACCCCACCCCCUCCCUCUUUAAAGGCAAGUACUUUAUUGACAGUUAACUCCCAGCUCUUGGAGCUUUUUCACAUUGGUGGGUGUGGGUGUGGUGGGUGUCAGGUGAGGGGGGGUCUUGUGGAAUUCAGUUCUCCAUCUCUACCUCCAGGAUAGUACUGUGGCAGAACCACUGACCCAGCACAUGUGAGGUCUUGGGUGGAUCUGACCUUGUGGUCAGAGGACAACUUGCACAGAUCAGUUUAUUCCACCAUGUGAGAUCCUAGGGAUCCAACUUCAGCCAUCAAACCUGGUGGCAAAUGCCUUUACCUACUGAAGCUAUCUCAGUUGUCCAGUCUCUAAAUAAUUUUAUGAACAAAACUAAGAAUCCAAAAGAGGUCAUUUACCUGGUAAGAAUUUUGAGGUUCUCAUCUGAGGUUAAGAUAAAACUAGAGGCUGGGAAGAAAUCUUGGGCAAGCGUGUUUGCAGAAAAGGUGGUCCAGUCGGUGCGUGGUGGUAGCCAGCUUUUGGGUGAGCAGCUGAGAGUCGGGUAUCUCCAGUGUUAAUGUGGUUGGGGAUUUAGAGUUGGCUGAGAGGCUUAGAAACCAAGAGGACAAAAUGUGCAGUCACACUUGUAUGACUACACUGUUCCAGGCCAGCCUGGUCUUUAUAGCAAGUUCCUGGAUAACCAGUUCUACUUAGAUAGACAAAAAAAAAAAAAAAGAUGAGUGCUCACUGUCCUCUAUCUGGCAGUAUACCAUUUGUGCCGUCAUUCCUUUCCAGUGCCUCCAUCCAAAGGCUUGGUUAAGUUUUACGUAAACCUUAAGCAGUGCUUGGCUGUAUAUUACACAGUAAAUGUUCAGUAAAUGUUUACUGCUAUUCAUAGAGUGAACUCAAGAUGGGAAGGCUCUGGCCUAGCUCAGAGCUCUUGAAGAGGACCCAUUAGGCUACUCACAACACUAAUGAAAGGUGAAUUUUAAAAAUCUUCAGGAAGGCUCAAAAGGUCUGAGCUGCUCACCCCACCGUGCCUUGGGAAAAGAAGCAGCAUGUGUUAAAACAGGGAAGAAUGAAACCCUCCAAGUCCACCAAUCCCCGUGCAUCCAGUGCCCUCUCCGCUGUCUACACUCAAGUCGCAUAUGUCCACACACAGACACAGAGUUUUCAAAAGUAAAAAUUAAUAAAGAGGAGAAAAAUACUUUUCCAGCCUAGAGGUGACCCGGUGUGAAGUUUGGACUUGAGUGUUUGGCUAAGACAUGAUCUCCUGGACAUGAAGCAGGUAGGCAGCAAGGGAACAAAGGGUUGGGAUGGGCUUUGGAGGACGUAUGUGCACUGUACCACCUCCAGGACGUGGGAUUAUGAAAGGUCAUGUGAUCCCACAUUUGCCACUGAAUUUGCAUGGCUGUUUUCUUUUGGCUGAUACACUUUAAUAUUUUUGGAAAUUUCUUUUCCUGACGACAUGUAUAGUAUGUAUAUGUCUAUGUAGAAAUGUAUAUGUAUAUGCAAGUGCCCAGAGUUGAGAAGAUCGGAGCUGGAGUUUUGGGCAGCUUGGAAUGCUCUGCAAGAACAUUGGCACUUUGACUGCUUAGUUGUCUCUUCAGCUUUUCCCCCAAAUUAAACAAAAAUCAAAAAAGAAAAAACCCAAAAAACGUUUAAAAACACAUUUACCAUUUGUAUGCGCAUGUAUGGACACAUAGCAAGUCAAAGCACUUGUAGAGAUUAGAGGAUGACUCUGUGGAGUUGGGUCGUAUCUUCCACUAUAUGAGUCUCUGAGAAUUAAUUUAGAGCUUCUGCACCCAGAACUUGUGCUUGCUAAGCCAUCUCUCUGGUUCUCUGGCCAGCUAUGGAUUCUCUGUGGAUGAGGUGGGCCAAGUAUAGAAUUGGGUAGGAAUUCUAACUCUUAAAUUCUUUCUGGCCUGAGUUCCACAAUGUCCCCUGAAUUUUGCAUGUCCAUUUGUGGCUAUAGGCAUCCAACAUUUGGACUAAGAAUUUUGAGCAGUUAUUAAGUCUCUGAAGUCAUCACUAAGUAUUGUAAAAAGCAGCUUCUCUGACCAAAGCUGAUAGCAGUAUGCGCAUUUGACAAACCCUUGUCCAUUUAACAAAACCACAGUAGCUUUCCCAUCAGGGACUGUGACCUCCCCAACAGUGAGUGGCCUUUCACUAGGUUUAUAGUAAUAGGAUCUUUUUAAAUUGUUGAAUAGGAUCCUAUAGUGUGCAGUUACUGGUAAAGAGUGAUAGAAUUGCUCAGUAAAGAGUGCUUGCUUCUCUAGGAUCCUGGAUGGAGGCUGGUUCCCAGCACCCACAUUGGGUGCUAAGCCUCCUCUAAUCAUAGCUCUAGGGAAGCCAAAGCCACCUUUGGACCUCUGCAGACACUGGCAUAUGUAUGUAUAUAUGUAUAGAUACCUGUAGCAUAUAAUUGAUAAAAACCCAUGCUGUUACCAGCUUCUCGCCAGCAAUGACGGUCUCCCCACACCCAUGGCUGUUCGCCCAGUUUCACACAGUUCACUUGCCACCACAAUUCCCAUUCUUCUGUCCACUGUGGCUAGUCUGCCAAGACUGGCUCAAUCCCCUCAGGAUCCUACCCGAGUUGCUGGGAAUGUAAAACACCAGACAAUCUUAGUUUAGAAUGUACAGAUAACACAACUGCUGGGCGUGGAAUCUGUCGCCCUAAACUCAUCAACUAUUCUAUGUUAGAAAUCUUAUGAUGCUGGCAGAUUUUGCUACCAGAUCUAACAGUUUCUGGUCUACAUGUUGCCUCCUUUUGCUCAUACCUCACUGUCCAAAAAGGGGUGUUCCUUCCUGCUCUCCCUCUUCCUUUCUUUGACAGGAAGACCAGCCUUCUCCACCGCUAGUGAUUGGCUUCUUGUCUUUAUUAUUCAGUCAAUUAACUGGGAAAAUUCUGCUACAGAUAAUCAUAUAAUUGGAUAAAAUAUUUGUAAAAACAAAUUUAAUGAGCUAUUUGGUAUUAUCUGGGGGUAUAAUAUAUCAGUAUCUGGUUUGGCCUGGGGAGUAAGGUUAGCUGUGCAAGCAUGGGGACUAGAUCCUCAGAACCCAUAAGAAAAGCUGGUCAUGCUAGAACAUGCUUCUGAUCCCAACUCUGGGGAGGUCAAGAUGGAAGAACUGUGCUCACUGGCCAGCUCAGGCCCCAGUGGAUGAUUCUAAUAAAACUAAUUGUAUAG